AUUGUAUCUUUGUAGCCCUGUUGUAUUAGGCGAUCCCUGGCACCUCGCAGAUCCAAAUAUGGCAACCAAAAGUGAAGCCACAUGGAAUUAGCGGGCUGUUUUCCUGUUGCCCACAACGGCUGGCUGGAUUGAUCUGCUAGCCAAACUGGUGCAAGCGACUGGCUGCUGCUAUUUUUACCAACGACCGACCUCAACGCGAACGAAACUACUUGUGUUGGGGUUGCCGCAAAAGGGCCACAGACGUCGCGUCGGUCGCUUUAUUUUUAUUUGUUCGCGGUUAUGGCAGACGACAUUUCGGAGGAUAUUUGCGACGACUGGGAGGAUAUGGUGGAAAAUGGCGUGCUGGAGAAGAAGUUGGAAAGGUUAAAGGUGAAAACAAACUCCGCAAACAGUAACAACGCGAAUCCUCCUGCGAGCGGCGUCGGCGGGGCUGGUGUCGGCGAAGUGGCGGUGAUGCCGCGUGUGCUGCUCGAAGACAGUGUUCGGACGCAGUACACGCCGGCCGUGAAGAUUCUGAAACGACCCCCGGACGCGAUCCGGUCCGGUGGGAGCGUCAACGGCACCGGUUCUGAGAAGUCGCCCAACCGGCAGCCCGUCAAGAGCCUACAGCAGCGCGAAGCAGAGUACGCCGAGGCGAGGCUCCGGAUACUGGGUUCAGCUCGCAGCGAAGAUGACGGCCAGAAAGAAAAGUCGUCCGGUGUAAGUGUCUUGAACCACGUAGUGACUGACCAGCAGCAGGUUCCCAUCCGGCAACCACGAGGCCCCGACCAGGGUUCCAACGGCUUCCAGCAGCCGCGGAGGUAGCCCUGGCUUUGGACGCUGCCGUUAAGAUUCUCCAGCGUGUGACCCUUGCCUCCUCCUAUCACCGGCUUGCUGCUGACAUUGUGUGCGCUUCACCUUUGCUGCUGUUUAUGGACCUUCACAACUUGGGAACCCUGAAAAUGAAGAAAAAAUGAAUGACGCGGUCCUCCUUCUUUUAUGUCUUUUGCUAUCAUUAAUCUUCUCUUUUAUUUUUUUUUCUUUCUUGACACACGUGCAUCGCAAACUUCAUCGUAUCCCCGAGUAGCUUGAGGUAGCGAGAGGUGUCGAUAGUGCAGCAUGGCCGGCAUUGCGCCUUGGUAAUCAAAGCAGGUGUAAGUUACUCAGGUGCCGUUGCUGUAUUAAGCUGCUUCUGCAUGCGAGAUUGGUAGUCAAACCUUCUCGACACUCCUGGUCAGAGAGGCUUAAUGGUGAAAAAUGUUGAAGCAAAUCGUUGUUGCUAUUGAUAAAAGAAUUGUUGAAGAAUGCUGCACAUAUAGUGCAUGGGGCAGCCCUCUGUUUUGCCAGGGCUAGCCAGUGGCACCGAUGGAUGCUGAAUGUCUUCCAAGCAGCCUGCUGUGCUUGCAAUCAGUAGCUGCCAUCCACCGAUGGUGCCGGACUGUGUCGCUGCACACCGCUGUCGUUCUGUAAUGGGGCUGGUGUGGGUUGGGGGCAGGGGCUUUGCGCAUGUAGCUUUCAAAAGAAGAGAAGAAUGUGCUCCGGCUUGACGAAAGUACUUCUCGCAAGCUAACUUUUUUUUUCUUUUCCGUCUCCUGGCGCAAGGCGUUUUUAAACGAGCAAAUGCACAGUUAUUGUAUUUGUUUUUCUUCCCUUCUGCAGGCCACAGCGGCACAUAGUCGUGUGUGGUGGUCGUGUCAACAUCAAUGAAUAUGUCAAAAUUCACGAGCUUUGGAGCAAAAAUUGAUUGCGUCCUGGGGCCUUUCGUAUUAUGUGUUUAUAUGUCAGAUGUUGGUCUGGCUUGCUUGAUUGCAGUAGUCUGUCGGACUGUCAAGCAGUGUCACUUUUCAGAAUGCAAGCUACGAGCGCCUUGUUUCUUUUGCAACCUCCCAUAUUCUUUUCCUUCUUUUUGUCUUCUCAUGUAGUGGUGUAGUCUGUGUGUCUGUAAUGCCUCUCGGUGUUGUUUGGAGCAUAUCAUUUGGUUUGUGUAUUGCUUUUUUUUUUCCUGCCCGUUUCAUUUGAGGGCUGUGAAAAUGAAGUGUUGCAUCAAACUGCGUGCCAGCAGCAUAAUACGUUUGGGUUAUUUGUCGAGGAUUGGUCUUGUAUGGGAGUAGUGCACAGAAGGCGAGAAACGAAAGUCAAGUUGUGGCAAAUACAGAAGCAAGGCAAGGGUGUGUGGAGGCACGAGUUUGAAGCGAUGCCUUUUGCGAUGUUCUUUUUCCCGCGUUUUACACUUCGUCAGUGGUCCGAGCGACACUCUGCCAGCGUGAACGGUGCAUGAUGAAUGUGGUAUAGAAUCAAGUAGAAGGCAUCGCUACAGAAUCGCAGCUCUGCUGUCCUUUGUCUCUUUUGUCUUGAUUGUGCUGCUCUAAUCGGGUGCAUGCCAGCAGUGUGGCCUCCAGUAUUGGUGCUUGCACUUAAUUGGCAUAAUUUUGCCACGGAACAAUACAUGUUGUCAAUAUUGUGUGCAUGCACUUUACGUAAAGCAUUGCAUCCUCUACUUUUCUCUCGGGAGUGCUACGGCAUGCAGAGAUGUAUGUGAAGCUCUUGGCUGGAAGGAACAUAUGGAGAACACUCCACAUGCACAAUUACACGAGAGUACCAUGUCAUGUCGCUACGAAUCUGGUUGCUAAAGGUGGUGCAGACUCUGACCUUAGUGUACGAGCCAUAAUUAUGCCAAUGUUAAAAUGUGAACUGCGGACCGUGGAAGCGAAAGCAUGCACAUUAGUUUGCUCUAAAUUGACACGUUUCGUUCCAUGAGAACUGUAUCGGUUUUGCAGCAUUUAAACAAAAUGCACGCAUCAUUGAUAACGAUUGCAAGGCAAAAUUCUACCCUAAACCGCAUACAGUUUUCAAGGGUGUAAAGGGUCAAAGUACUGCCACAAAGAAAAUGUUAAUGGCAUUAAAUGUCUAAAUGUCUAGCAUAUUUAAAGCCUUUUAACACCAUUAUUUUUUAAUGGAGUGGCUCAUGCAGAUUUUGUAGCUGCAGAGUGUGAAAAACAUGUGAACACGUUGUGAAGAAAAGGACAGGACCCGUGAUGACAGGACAGUGUCAUUCUGUCCUUUCUUCACCUCGUGUCCGCGGCACACCGCUAAUGCCAUUGCAUGCCAUGCAUGAUACCUGCAGUUGGUGCUGAAAGUUAUUUUGGAAUCGUGAUUUUUAAAAGAAGAUCUGUAUACUGAUUAAAAUUGCAAAUGAUAAGUAGUUUUGGGGAGUGUUGAUAUUCUAGAAAGAUUUUUUUUUCUUUCAUCUCCUCCCCCCUGCCCUGGAGGUUGUCACUGCUCUCAGUUUUGCACGGCACAAACAAUGUGUGAAGUUUAGGCACGAAGCACUUGAUGCCAAUAAUUUUGUGUAUAGGCCAGAUGAAAUUGGCAUCCAUCAUUUGCAACUGGUGCAACCGAACAAUGUGCAUCUGGCGAAAACCGAGACCUCUUGUGAUUUUGGUGGUUCUUUUUAUCGGUACCUCUCAGUGAAGGCUUGCCAAUGUCUUGCUUGACGUUUGUCUGUACGCAGACUUGGGUCGCCGCUCCAGGCAUGUGUUGAAGGCCUUUUCACGAUAGUGAAGGGCCAGUGAUGAAUCGAUUGCAGUAUUUACAAACCAGUGUGCAGAUUAAGCAACUGUUUACGCAGGUAAAAUGGCAGCAGUAUGAAGAGUAUGCGAACUGCAAGCAAAAAAAAAAACAAGUUUUGAUCCAAGGAACACCGUCUACUUGUAGCAUUUUAAACUGGUAAUUGAAAACUCCGGUGUAUCUAAACAAUGUAUGAAAUAUUUGUGGUCUUUUGUAUUUUUAAGGCUUAGCCACCUGAUCCAAUUUAUUCAUUUAGACCUUAAAACAAUGCAGCUGAAGCUACCUAGUGAAAAGACAUAUGUAGCCACGAAUUGUCAGCAUAUGUCCAAGUUUGAUGUUGACUCUGCUGUGUAUGUUGACAAGUGCCGCAGACUUGUGCAUGUCGCUGACAUCCUGUAUUGCCUUUGUCACCACACUAAAUGAGGGACAAGUGUUUUUUUUUUUCUUUCUUUCUUUUUUCUUUUUUGUGUUCUUUACGAAAAAUCGAGCUUUUUUUUAAUAUCUUGCAUGUAGUCGAAUUUACAUGGGGAUUGGGGUGCCUACAGAUUGUACAACAUAAUACACAGAAGAUAUAUACAUAUAUAUAUAUAUACACAUAUAUUAUAUACAAUAUACAUAUAUGUAUGGUUACAUGUAUAUGUACAUAUAUACAAAAAUGAAUUUUGUUUCAAGCUGCCUGCCCUUGCGUUGCGUAAAAUAUGUGUAUGUGUACAUAUCCAUAGGUAAGUGUACAUAUUUCUUCUAACAGUUUAUUCUUAGUGGUGGCGUGUGAAAAGAGUGCACAGUGUGUGUUAUUUGUGUGCAUUUUUUGUGAGCAUACCUGCAGAGCAUAGUUGACCCCGCCUCCUUAGCUUUUUUUGGUUGUUUUGCGAGCAUUGUAUUUCAGAAUUACUCUCCCUCCCAUCUUUCUUUUUUCUUAGAUGAAAAAAAAGAAAGGCCUCGUGGUAGGAAAUUCUACUUACAAUCUGCACGCACUAGUGCAAGAUAGUUUUUCAAGCUUUCUUUUAUACCUGCCACUUCUCCCAGUGUUUGGUGGCAGUGCAAGCUUAUUGCACUGAUUGAGCCACAGCUGACGUAGAAGCCCCCAGCCACUGCAAGAACUGCGUAGCCAAGCUUGGCAUGGUCACAAAAAUUGGUGCGGGCAGAUGGGGCCUUGUUACCAUUGAAAACGUGUUCAAUCUGACUGCAGUGCCACGAUGCUAUUGCGUGCCGUGGUAUUUAGACAGACUAAAACAACAUAUUUGUUUAAAGAACAAUGUGCAAGGAUCUGCUGCUCUGCAAUUGCACUGCAUUGAUAGCGUGUUCAGCUCUGCAGAGUUAUUGCACUGUGAUUAAGGGGGAAUGGGCACUGUAAGCUCUGUAAAACUGCGCAUCCCUACUACAUCUUGUCGUGUACAGUGAGGAGAUCAAAGACAUGUUUAUGUGCAAGGUGUUUGUUAUAGAGGAUGUGCACUUGUGUGACAUUUGUAUAAAGGCUUUCUUUUUGCUCACA